UGACUACAUUAUUUGACAUUAUAUUAAAAACGCAUAAUUUGCUUUUAAGUUAAGCACCGAGUUCAUGUUUUUGUCUGUUUAAGAAUCUUGGACGUAAAAGGAGGCUCGCGCUGUGUGCUCAAUAGAUAAGCUAAAGUUAGCUACUUGUUAUAGUCGAAUGCUAACGUUUAACAUAGAUAAAGCGUCGAACUUUAGUUUUCUUUACGUUUGUAGUUCCACUUAAUGAAGCUCACAGACUGUAUUUAAACGAGCUCCAGUAUGAGCCAUGGAGGGUCACAGUAUAACCAAAGUGGUCCUGCUGGCCUGCGGGUCCUUCAACCCCAUCACCAACAUGCACAUGAGGAUGUUUGAACUGGCUCGAGAUCACCUGGAAGACACAGGUCAGUAUAAGGUGGUGAGAGGAAUCAUCUCUCCAGUGGGUGAUGCAUAUAAGAAAAAGGGCUUGAUUGAAGCCUGCCACCGUCUGGAGAUGACUCGAUUGGCUACCGAAAGCUCAGACUGGGUUAUGGUGGAUUCCUGGGAGAGUUUGCAGCCAGAGUGGGUGGAAACGGCUAAAGUAGUUCGGCAUCACUAUGAGGAGCUUCUUGCAGCAGAGCAGAACAUCGAUGAUGUGGACACGAUCAAGUAUGCAAAAAAGAGGCGCAUAGAAGAGAAUCAUCACAAAGACAGAGAUGACCUUCAGCUGAUGUUGCUGUGCGGGGCUGACGUCCUCGAGUCUUUUGGGAUUCCCAACAUGUGGAAGCAGGAGGAUAUCGCAGAGAUCGUGGGCCGCCACGGUUUGGUUUGCAUCACCCGCAGCAACAGCGAUCCACACAAGUUCAUCCACCAGUCAGACUUGCUGUGGAAGUAUCGCAAGAACAUCCAUAUCGUCCGCGAAUGGGUGACUAACGACAUCUCAGCCACUCAUGUGCGGCGGUCGCUGCGGCGCGGCCAGAGCGUCAGAUACCUUCUGCCAGACAGCGUCAUUCACUACAUCAAAGAGCACGGCCUGUACAGCUCUGAGAGCGAGCAGAAAAACGCAGAUGUGGUUCUAGCGCCCCUCCAGAGGUACACGGGCGCUUCCUCAAGUUGAGGAAAUUUGACUGUGAAUUUAAAACAAAACACAAAUUCACAUAAUUCAAGCUUCCAACAGUGCCUGCACUGAACAGGGGUCUUUUCUAAGAAUGGGUGUGUUUCAGGUUGUUGAGUGAAGUGAUUUAGUAACAGUUUCACUUUGCCAGAACUUUUUGUUUGCGUGUGUGGGAAAAAUACACAAGAUCACAAAAUAACUGAGCAGCAGAUCAUAUAGAUGAGCGGUCACAUAAAUGUGUUUCCAGCCAAUCAAAGGAUUUACAUUCAACUGUGAAAUGGUGAGCCGACGAUGUUUUUUAUUAGAUGAAAUAUGGUGCAUAGAGAAUUAAUUGAAUCACACUUGUUUUACCACAGUUAUCCUUUCCAUGUGUGGCUUCAGCGCACUCCUGUUAGUCAACAUGUUUUUGUACCUAGAGCUGUAUUUUUCCAUGCUUUAAAUACCCACUUCUUCAGAUCUGAUGAUAAAGACAUGAUAUGUGAUAUUCUAGAAAUAAACAGCACUUUGUUUACCA